AUGAACCUGUGGACGCCACUCUACGCCGCUCUUUUUCUGACGCCAUCCAAGCCUGUCAUUGGAUUUCAACCUAUCCAUCUUGGACAGACUGCUUCAAUAUCUACUAUAUGCUCGGUUGGAGCUUUUGAUACCAUCCAUCAACAAAGGCCGGUAUCAAACCCACAGCAAUCUUGUCGAUAUUCAUCAUCUUCUGAUGACGACACCAGUACUCCUGUAUUCAAACCAGGUUCCAUGAUUCAAGUGGAGAUUGUCAGUUUUGGACCGUUGGGCGCCAGUGUUAAUGUAAUUGGUGUUUCACACGACAGUAAUGAUAUUCUUCCAGAAGGAGAAGAACCUUAUGCCACAGGCUUGAUCUAUCAACAGGAAAUUUCGUACUUUCGAUCGGCUAGAGACAAUGUAGACGUCGUUCGAGGAGAAAUCUUGCCUGCCUACGUCCAAAAGGUUCGUGACGACGACAAAUUGGAUAUUGCACUCCGUGUCUUUGGAGGCAAGCAAAAGAGCAUGGAAGCAAGCGAUCAGAUUAUGGAAAUGCUACGAGAAAGUCCGGACGGUACCUUGGAGGUAGGAGACAAGUCAGCACCCGAAGACAUCAAUCGAUUGUUUCCAGGUGUUAGCAAGACGGCAUUCAAACGGGCAGUUGGUGCACUCUAUAAGAAGGGAUUGAUAACUCCUUCUCCCAAUUCCAUAUCAAUCAAAGAAUAA